AUGUUGAUGUACGGCCUACCUAUCGCUCUCCUGGCCCUGCAGGGCCCGGCAAUGGUUUCAGCUCAAGAUUCCGACCCCUCCAAGAAAGUGUGGGGAGUGUUUGCAUUUACCGUCUAUGGAGACAGCAAGCCCGGUGCGCUCACCAGCUCUCGGACCUUGACUGACUACGGAGCCAACGAACUCGCCGCAGCAGCAUCGGAUUUCCGGUCUCGUUAUGUAUCAACACCCGCAGGCUCUGAGACUGGAAUCCAGAAUAUAUCCCCGAUCAUUUUGGACUCAAAUGACGUGGAUGUGCUCUCGACAACGGGUCAGAACAUUGUUGGAUCAGCCCAAGCAUUCAUGCAGGGUCUAUACCCACCACUCGGCUCAAUGAACAUACCGGGUAGCCAGAUUGCGAAUGGAUCGUUUGCACAGGCGCCAUUGAAUGGAUAUCAAUAUCCUCGGAUUGUCACGGUUGGCGAGGCAGACCCUCAGUCUGUUUUGGUUGAAGGGCACGCCAAGUGUGACAUGUAUCAUGCCGCCGAGGGCGAAUACCGUGUCAGCGACGAAGUCCAGGAUAUCACACGAGAUACAGAAGCCUUUUACAGGAAACUGUGGAAACUGGCAUUGUCUGAAGUCUAUGAUGAAUCAUCCGCAACUUACACGAAUGCCGUUUCAAUCUCGGAAUAUUUGGAUUAUCAAGCUGUGCACAAUGACAGUUUGUUCGAAAGUCUGAAUCACGCCGACAUCCUUCGUGCCCACUCGUUAGCGGACCAGUAUCUAUGGAGUACAAACAGUGAGCAAUCAUCCUCCAGCGGGUCUGUGAUCGGACUAGCCAGUCCAAUUGCGGGACAGACAUUGGCAUCAAGCAUUUUAGAAGCCUUUGAUCUGAAUGUCCGGGAAAGUGGCACCAGGCAGAAGAUGACCCUGCUGUUCGGUGGUGAUGAGCCAUCUGUUGCUCUGUCGUCUGUGAUGGGACUUGCAAACCAGCACCAGCCCAACUUCUCCUCCCGCCUGGUACGAGGUGGCUCGUUUGUGUUCGAACUGUACAGCUUCGAGAACAGAAGCAACUUGUAUCCAUCAUACCCUGGUAUCGACAAUUUGUAUGUGAGAUUCUUGCUUCACAAUGGGACCGACAACACCACCGACUUCCAACCAUAUUCCCUCUUUGGGCACAGUCCCAGUCAAGCCUCAAUCCCAUAUACUGAGUUCCGCUCCAAAUUGGAAACGUUUGCCAUGGCCUCAACACAGGAAUGGUGCCUCCGCUGUAACGCCGAAACUGUGUUCUGCAAUGGAGUGUUAGACCAGAGUGGAUCUCAGCCAUGGAAGAAGAACAAAGAGAUGGCUCCCGCUGUAGCCGGAGUCAUCGGUGCUGUUACAACACUGGCUGUUGUUGGAUUCACAGCAGUCAUUGCGUUCCUCAUGUGUAGUGCGCGCAAGGGCAAGCCCAGCAAAGGAAGUCUUGGGGGUUUCAAAGGCUCUGGUAAACUUGCCAGUGAUACCGAUGUGUCGUUCGGUGAACCGAUCUGGGGAAACUCCAAGACUGACGAUACUCAACCAUCUAGUGGCAUUGCCGCUGGUGUUGGAGUUGCUGUACAGGGUCAAGAACGCACUGGAAGCUGGGAGAUGGGGCAGGGGAAGAAAGAGAAUGAGAAUAACCAGUCCGCUGACAUGGGAGUGAGGUCGCCUUUUGAGGAUCACGAAGAAGAUUGGCGUGUACACAGUGGUGUCCAAGCUGUGGAAAUCCGAGAGAGUGUAUAA